AAAACUUUAUACCACUUUACAAAAUAGGCUUCCUGCAAAACGUUGUAAAUUAGUAUAGUACGAUUUACGUUUAGUUUUGAUUGAUAAUGUUAAACCAAAAUUAAUGUAAAUGUGAUUAUUCUUACAUAUUCCUUGCACAUAAAUGUGUAAAUAACAUUUAGAAUAUAUGCGUUAUUUGGCUUGUCGACGAAUUUUCAAUUAUAAAAGUAAAUCAGGCGUCUGACUUAACGUUCCAUGUACUUUUAUCUUGAAGGCAUUUCUUCCAUUUCCGGGACUCUUCCGGUUCGAGUCUGCGCAGUAGGUAUGGAUUUAAGAACAGGAAUAACUUGCAGAAAAAAAAUGCAAUGACGAAUUUUAUUACCAUCCCUUUGAGCUUUUCUCACCGGUAAUGUGUUCGACAUUUUACUCUCUCCCUUUACAUUUGACUCCACUUCCAAGAGUCGGUCGCUGUUAAACAGCUAUCUUUUACUUAUUUAGUUCGCUUCCUGAUAGUGGAAAAAAAAUCACAAUGGCAGAUUCGGAGAACCAGAAAUUCUGUCUGCAGGAGGUCCUGGACAGUUUUAAAUUGUGUCUAUCGCCAGAAAAAGAAAUCUACAUCGAACACUACGUUUCUGGAUGGAGAGGUCUUGUGAAGCUUCUGAACAGCUUGGGGAGCCUCUUCGGUUUCAUCUCUAAAGACGCUGUCAGCAAGACCCAGAUCCUGAUGAACUUCCUGAAGAGUGAGAACGGCCCUCACUACGCCACAGUGCAGUCCAUGGUCAAGUUUGAGCUGGACAAUGAACUGGUGGACGUGGACAAGAAGGGGAUCUAUCCUCAGUCGGGUUGCCGCACUUUGCUGAGGCUCCACCGUGCAUUGAGGUGGCUUCAGCUCUUUCUGGAACGCUUGCGGACCAGCAAGGAAGACGACAAGACUUCAGUCAUGUGCAGGGACGCCUACAACGAGUCCUUGGCCCAGCACCACCCGUGGCUGAUCCGUAAGUCAGCCGGCAUGGCUUUCUACAGCCUCCCUGUAAGACCGGCUUUCUUUGAAGUGAUGAACGCCGGCACACCUGAGCAGGUCGUGGACGUUCUGGGGAAGGCUGUGCCUCUCCUUUGUGAGGUGUACCAGAUCACAGAGGAACUUUACCAGAAACACAACCUGCUUGAUUUACCAUAGAAAGGGAACAAGUGCUAGAUUUUAUCCGUCUGUAAAUUAUUCCUGCUGGAGUGCUGUGGAAACUGCUGCUGCUGUAUGAUUAUCCCAGCAUGUGUUCUAUAUCUAAGAGUAAUUUUUCACACUGAUUGUAUCUAUGUGCAUUAUAAUUUUAGGUAAAAUAUUGUAUGUUUAUCUUGGUCUCAUUGUCAUGUAACUUAAAUUGAUCAUUUUACUGUUUCUUAGCUGUUCUUUAAAUUAAAAAGCAGGAGGCAUUUGAUAACUGUGGGUACAUUACUCAUCAACCAAAUAAUUAGUCUUAAAAAUGAUUACCGUAAUUUCCUAAUACCUAAUACCAGUAAAUAGCCUAUCAGUUGUUCUAUUUAAAUCUAGUUUGAUACCAUAUAUAAGCAAAAAACAUUGCCGGUAAUUUAAUUGCUUCAUGUUCCUUUUAUAUGUAAUCUUAUUGUAAAAACAGAAAAGAUUUGAACAAAAAAAUCUCCCAUUUUAAAUCAAUUUCAGCAAAAGUAGUAUAAGUAUUUCAGAAGUUUAUUUGGUAAAUAAAAUGCACAAUACAAGUGGCAUUGUUGAAUAAAGUCUGUAUACUUGAACAUUUUGUUGACUGGUAAAAAUUGUAUUGCUAAUUAUCCAGCUCAUAUUAAGAGUUAAUACAUUUGUCCUGGGGCUGAUAGAAAUUUAAAUCCACAAAAGUGCUGACUCAUUGAAUGUAAAUUGUGUGUUAUUUUAAACUACAUUGUUUGUAACCCCUUUUAUUAAAUAAAGAGUGCAGAACGAUGUUUAA